AUCCUUGAGGUCAGUGCCAGUAUAACAUGUAUCAGUUCAGUUCCCGGCGCGGGCUCAUGUGAAGUAGAUCUCAAAUACACACACACUGUCCAAGAGCUGCGUGUCUAACAACUUUGAUUUCGGCGACUUUACCUCGUCCUUUUUUCGUUGGAGAAACUAUUUAUUUUGUUAACAUUAGUUGAAAUAAAAUGACUGAGCAAUCGGCCCUGCUUCUGCGAAAACAGCUAGCAGAGCUCAACAAAAACCCAGUGGAAGGUUUUUCUGCUGGUCUGAUUGAUGAUGAUGAUAUCUAUCAGUGGGAGGUUGUUGUGAUCGGCCCUCAAGACACAUUAUUCGAAGGUGGAUUUUUUAAGGCGCAUCUCAAUUUCCCUCACGAUUACCCACUUCGACCACCCAAGAUGAAGUUUAUUACGGAGAUUUGGCAUCCUAAUGUUGCGAAGAACGGAGAUGUGUGCAUUUCAAUCCUACAUGAGCCAGGAGAGGACAAAUUUGGCUAUGAGAAACCCGAGGAGCGUUGGCUGCCCAUCCACACCGUAGAGACCAUCAUGAUUAGUGUGAUCUCCAUGUUAGCUGACCCUAACGGUGACUCGCCAGCCAAUGUGGACGCAGCUAAAGAAUGGAGAGAGGAUCCCAACGGUGAGUUCAAGAGGAAAGUCGCCCGCUGCGUGAGGAAAAGCCAAGAGAUGGCAUUCGACUAGACGCCCCAUCACGGUUACUUUUGUUAGUACAUAUAUUAUUAUCAGUUCCCAUCUCCAUAUCUUGAGGUCAGAGACAGACUUUUCAGGAUUUAUUUCUGCAUUGAUUUUAAAAACCCAUUACAAGCUCAUAUCAAUUUAAUAGGUUUAACUGAUGUGUUGGAUCACAUUUUUCAUCACAAUGCGUCAUUCACAUAAAUUGAAUUCUAACCAGCCCCCCUAGAUAUGGCAAUUACAAACCUUAAUAGGGGAUCCGAUCACCUUUAUUUUAUUCACCAGUUAUUUGGGGUAGCACCAGUUAGGGAUAUCAGAGCAAAGCCACCGUUGGAUAAUUCGUUUUUUAUUUUUAUCUGAAUGUGUGAGUUAUAGCACGUUUUGUUAAUGUCGAUUUUCCCCCCCCCACCCUCUAGUAGUGUGUCUGAAUUAUUUAUUAUCUUAAUUAUGAUGAAAUGUACUGCAUGACACUUGUGUUUUGACUCGCUUUUUUAUCUGCCACUGAGCCAUCAAUUUUGAACAGUCUUUUAUGCAAUUCUGGCGUGUUUUGUGCGUUUAUGGUACUAGUAGAGGCUGACGGUCAGAAUCGAUGCUGAUUUCCCUUCUCACUGACAUGUCGGGACAGCCCUGUUCCCUUAAAAAAACAAUACCGCAGAUGUCUCUCAAAGGGCCAUCUCUUUCUCUGCUGCCUUAAGUUGUUCUCCUAUCAAAAAGGAAAAUUGUAUUCAGUGAUGUCAAGUCCGUCUCAACGUCUAUUCAGUAUUUGAGCUGGAAUCCUCUUUUGGACAAACCAAAAAGUUACAUAUUUGCAUGAGACAGAGAAUAUUUUUUGUAUAAAUGGUGAGCUCAAAAGCUGUAUUUUUUGUGUAUGUAAAUAUGAUGUAUUGUACCAUAGCUCUAUCAGUCAUAUGUGUUUUGUGAUGUCCCCACACAUGUAGUUUUGUAACCUCAUUUAUGACUGUAUCCUGUUCACUCUUCUGUUCCCGAAGGCCCCAUCAUGUAAUUGCUCAUUAAAAUGUAGCAUUUGUCUUACA